UAUUUUAUUUCGUAUUUCGAAUUCGCGGUGAGAGGAAGCCAUUGUUUAGUUUCGCGCCAAGUUUUGACAUUUUUUUUUCGCAACCCAAGCAGCUGCGGAGUCUAAGUGUGCCUAGUUGAACAUUUGAUGUCUGUCUGUCACCACAGUGAUAAUGGUGAAAUUUUGGUGGAUGUUCAUAUUAUUUGCGAAAACGGCUUCGGCUAGUGACAAUGAACUGCCCGAUCCAGAAUCUGAGAAAAGUUCAAGAUUCCUCCCCCUCUUCGAAAUGAAACGCUAUGAUCGACCGAUCGGGUCCGGCUUGCCGCCACUAACAAACGUUCCAGUGAUGGGGGAGCGAUGCUCGGCGCGCCUUGAAUCUGCACUGGAGCAGUUGAAACGGAGGAAGAGAAACCAGCCGAAGAGUUUGGACACACCAUUGAGUCAAAGCAUCGAUCUCAACGGCUACAGCCUACACCAAGCACUGAGAAGCGCUCCAGUCGACAUGUACGUCACAAGGAUGCGUGUCAGACUUCCACAAAAUUCAAAUUGGGUUCGUGUGGAAAAAUGCUACUUUGAUCCGAGAAAUGUCUCCCUCGACACAAUGCUGCUAUUCCACGAUUUAACCAUAAGCGGCAACGUUGACUUGUAUGAAGCGAAUGACCUUGACCGAACAAUGCCAGAGAGUAGAAGAUUGAGAAGGAAUUACGCCGAUUUACAGUACGACCCCUAUCCGAGCUACUCGAAGCGCAACUCAAAUGGAUGUAACAUGAUACUAAGACUGAGAAAGGCCGGGAUAGGAUUCCAUACUCAACCUCUGAAUCAGCAGCCCGGCAAAUUUAACGUUAAAACUGACUCAGAGUUCGUUGAACCAGGUUUUAUAAGCGUUUACGCUUACGGUUGUGAGAAAUAUGUCAACAGAAACUCUGUAAAGAAUAAGGACAAUUUGCCUUUGAGACGGAGACGACGGUCUGAUGAAUUCUCGUUUGAACCACGUUUGGAGAAUACUCCUGAAGACGAUAACGCAGACGGCAGAUCAUCUAACAAUUGGGAUUAUAUGUAUGAAUCGAGUAACAACAGAGUCACUUACGAAAGGAGCAAGUUGUUCCGUCCUGAAGACGAUUUGGAUGAAGUGGAGGAUAUUUCGCGGGAGAUGGAAGAUAUUUUCACUAAAGGAAUACGGACUCUACUGACAACAUAUAUGAAAAAGGAGCUACAGCCAGCAAUCAAAGACACGUUAAUGAGGAAUAUGGGUUAUGUGAUCUCUUACGGAUGAUUCUAAUUUUUAAUUUUUUUAUAAUGUAAUAAACUCUAACUUAAUCUCAAUAUGACAACAAAAUGAAUAAGUUAUUUUUUUUUAUUAAGUAUCAUCCUCAGACGACGUUAGAUUGACAGGAUAUAUUUUAAAUUAAAGAUAGUAGUUAGUGUGCGCUACUUGUAAUUCAAAAUAAUAUCCCAAGGGGAUCUCAAUUUACACCCGUAAAUUUAUAUAUCUGAAUAAACUGUAUUUCUUUUUAUUUUAGUGGCCAGUCUAGAAACCUUUUUAUGCAAUUUUACAAUAAUUUGGAAUUGUAUAAAAUGUAGUAUUAAAUACUUUAAAUGAAUUACAAAAUACUAUUAUUUAUUAUUUUCUUCCUUAUUCUUUUUACCAACUGUAAGGAUUACUUAAAUAAGUUAUAUUAACGUUUUUCUGUUUGAUGGACUAAUUUUGAUAGAAUUUCUAACAUACAUAGUGUAAAUUU